CAUAAACCUUAGAUUAAAUAUUAAUCUUAAGAACAUUAUUGCAGUGGAAUAAGGUGGAGUCAUACUGACAAAACCAUUUUAAUGCUUCAUUUAAAUAUGUACCUUGUACUCUCACUAAAGCCCAGGGCUUAGACAACAGGAAGCAAGAUCAUGAGAUUCACCUCAGAACCAGUAGAUGCCACAGAACUACCAACGAAGUUUACCUUUAACCCAAAAUUAGGGAUUGACAACCCAGCCUUGGUGAUCUCGGAUGACACAGAGCCUGAUGUGCGUCCACGGCUGUGUGCUCUCAAACGGGAGCACGGUCAGUGCUUUGGGUUUUACCUGAGCAAGGACGCUGGCUGCAGAGGACAUGUGGUGCGGCAGGUGGAGCCUUGGAGCUGCGCCGAGCGUGGUGGGCUGAGGGAGGGGGACCGUGUUUUGGAGGUCAAUGAGGAUUUUGUGGAUGACAAGGAGCACUUGACUGUGGUGCUGAAGAUCCAGGCAUCUAGUCUGCAGCUCUAUCUGUUAGUGUUAAGUGCUCAGAAUUAUGAGAUUGCAGUAACAGAAGGAAGAGAUCUCAUGUCCCUUGCCCGGGCUCACCGUGGAGAGGGCUGUUCUCGUCCAAGAUUAUGUCACGUCACUAAAGAGUCUGGCUGUGGUUUGGGUCUCAACAUCAUCCCUGUUGAAGGUGAGCGAGGCUGUUAUCGUCUUAGCCCAGUGCAUCAAGGUCCGGCCGAGAGAGCUGGAAUCCAAAAUGGAGACCGGCUGAUCUGGAUCAAUGGAAUUAGGGUCUCUUCACUCACACAUGGAGCUCUGUCAAAAAUGGUGAAGAACUGUGCAAACCAUGUGACUGUAUUGGUAAUUGACAGCAGGAGUAAAGAGAGCUAUGCUCGAAGAAAUUUACCCAUAAUUCCCGCUUUUGCCGAAACUCAUAAUCUACCCUAUACCCCGAAAACACUGCAUCUAACUCAGGGACCACAGGGUUAUGGGUUCCUGCUGAGACAAGAGAAGCUAAAAUCUGGACGUAUUGCUCACGUGCUACGAGAAAUCGACCCUGGCAGUCAGGCUGAGAAAGCAGGGAUGGAGGAUGGAGAGCUUCUCCUAGCUGUAAAUGGGGAACAGGUGGAGGACGCAGAGCAUGAGGACAUCGUCAGCAAAAUACGGCAAAGCGGCCAGCAGGUCACUUUAACCACCAUCUCCGUCUCUGGCAGAAACUACUACACACAGCUUGGCAUUUCUCCACUGCUGUUCUAUGAAGAUCACAUUCCAAAAAGGGAACGGUUCUCCAAAACUCCUCUCCAAGACGAAGAGGCACACAACAACCCACAAUGUCCUCGACUUUGUGUGCUUUAUAAGGAGAGCACAGGGUUUGGCUUUAAUCUAGGCUAUGUUGAGGAUAAACCUGGUGCCUUUAUCGGUCAGGUGGCAAAUGGGAGCACUGGAGAGAGAGUUGGACUAUGUGAGGGAGAUGUGGUUAUAGAGGUUAAUGGACAGAAUGUGGAGGAAAAAUAUUUUGACGAAGUGGUGAGGCUGAUAAAAGAGGGAGGAACAACUCUCAGGCUUUUAGUUGUCGAUGGACAAAGCUAUGAAAACCUGAGAAACAUCAGAAAGACUACAAGUUCCAGACUCGUUCCUCAAAGUAUCAAGGCUCCAGAAUUUUCACAAGACAAUUUCGUAUGAUUGAAUCAAAUCUGGUAAAGAGAAGUGUAGUGAAACAUGACACAAAUCCUGCGAAGUAUUACUUUUACUGCACAAGAGAAAAUGUCCUUUUUAUUCCUGGUUAAAGAAGAUACCACCUACUGUGCCCAAAACUUGUAAAUAAAUGAAUAAAACAGUAAUUAAAACACAUUUAAAAAUUACUGUUUGUUUAUUACAUACUUCAUUGAACCGAAGUCUUAACAAUAUUAGUACUUCCAGUAUGUGAGUACAAAAUUGAUAGAAAGAUUAUAAAGACUAUGCAGUAUAAAUAUGUUGUAUAUUUGUUGUACACUUGUAAACAUGCUUGUGUGAUUUAAUGUUAAAAUUUAUAUGUCAAUGUGUAUAAUCUUUGUUUAACAAUUGAAUUUAUAAACCCUUAUUUGUUGAAGUGUUUUGCUACAUAAAACAAGAUUAAAGGUCCAUUGUGUAACUUUUAGAAGGAUCUCUUGACAUAAAUGCAAUAUUAUUUACAUAACAAUAGUAUCAGUGGUGUAUAAAGACCUGACAUAAUGAACUGUAUUGUUUUUAUUGCCUUAGAAUGAGCAGUUUUUUUGAACAUACACCACGGGUCGCUGUUAUGUAGCCCUGAACUGACAAACUGUUUUACAGAGCGCAUUUCAUCCCUACGUUGUCUCAGACGACGACAUGUUUGUCCUUUGGCAGCU